UCCACAUCCAAAGUUGGAGUCUUUUAAGUCUCCGUUACUCAUGAACUGAACGAAAGCUCAAAUUUUUAUGUCCUUGGAAAUGCAAUGCGCCAUGGAAGGCCUCUAUUCCAACCCAAGCCCCUCUCCGCCGCCGCCUCCGAACUCGGAGACAUCCUCCUGGUGGCCUCAAUCACCAAAAGUCUCUCCGAAUCCGGCACCCGCAACCUCCCUCACCCCCUUCCUCUGCUCUCCUCCUCCCUCAUCCUCCGUAUCCUCCGCUCCCAAUCCCUCCACCCCUCCAAGAAACUCGACUUCUUCAAAUGGUGCUCCCACACCCACAACAUCCAACACUCCCCUCUCGCUUUCUCCCACGUCCUCCGCACCGCUUCCCGCGCCGGCUUUCUCGCCGAAAUCCCCGAGUUACUCGGCAUCAUGAGGCAAACUACUGCUACUACACCCCUCGUCGAUUCCGGAACCUUCAAGAUGGUUCUAGACGCGUUUAUAAAAGCAGGUAAGUUUGACAUGGCACUUGGAAUCUUAGACAUUAUGGAACAACUGGGUGCUGAACUGAAUAGUGAUAUGUACAACUCUGUCUUAGUUGCUUUGGUUAGGAAGGGUCAGCUGGGUUUGGCUAUGUCUAUUCUGGUUAGGCUUUUGGAAGCAGGGUCUUGUUCCCAGGUACCUAGUUGUGUUGCUUGUAAUGAACUGCUGGUGGGUCUUAGGAAGAGUGACAUGAAGGUUGAGUUUAAGCAAGUGUUUGAUAAGCUUAGGGGGAAUGAGUGGUUUGAGAUGGAUAUUUGGGGUUAUAACGUAUGUAUUCAUGCAUUUGGGUGUUGGGGUGAUUUAUGUACUAGUUUGAGUCUGUUUAAGGAGAUGAAGGAAUUGAAUUCGGACUCGGUUUACCCUGAUUUAACUACUUAUAACAGCCUUAUUCAUGUGUUGUGUUUGGUUGGGAAGGUGGAUGAUGCGGUUACUGUGUGGGAGGAGUUGAAGUGCUCUGGUCAUGAGCCGGAUGGGAUUACGUACCGGAUUCUUAUUCAGGGGUGUUGUAGGUGUUAUCGAAUAGAGGAGGCUACUAAGAUUUUUAGUGAUAUGCAGAACAAUGGAUACAAUCCGGAUACUGUUGUUUAUAAUUCUCUGAUAGAUGGGUUGUUCAAGGCGAGGAAAGUUAAUGAAGGCUGUCAGAUGUUUGAGAGGAUGGUUCAGUAUGGUGUGAGAUCCUCGACGUGGACGUAUAAUAUUUUGAUUGACGGUUUGUUUAGGAAUGCAAGGGCUGAGGCUGCUUACACUCUAUUUUGUGACUUGAAGAAGAAGGGUCAGUUUGUGGAUGGAAUUACUUACAGCAUUGUUGUUCUACAACUUUGUAGGGAGGGUCUGCUCCAAGAGGCUCUAGAAUUGGUGGAAGAAAUGGAAAUGCGAGGCUUUACUGUUGAUUUGGUUACUAUAUCAACACUCAUGAUUGGGUUGUAUAAGCACAGUCGAUGGGAUUGGACUGACAAGCUCAUGAAGCGUAUUAGGGAUGGUAAUCUGCUGCUUAGUGUUCUUAAAUGGAAGGUAGACAUGGAAGCUACAAUGAAAGCUCCACAGCGCAAUAAAAAGGACCAUACACCAUUGUUCCCGAGUAAAGGUGACUUUAGUGACGUUUUGAGUUUAAUAAGUUCUUCUGCCUCAAUGAUGGAUGGAGGCCAUGAAUCAGCUAAUGUUGGGGUUACAUAUGAUGAGAAUUCUUCGUCACCUAUUGAUCUGUGGUCAUCAUCCCCCCAUAUGGAUCAGUUGGCCAAUCAAAUCACGUCCACUGACCAGUCUUCGCAACAGUUUACGCUGUCGAGAGGGCAACGAGUUCAAGCCAAAGGGGAAAGCACUUUCGACAUUGAUAUGGUAAAUACUUUCUUGUCUCUAUUUUUGGCCAAGGGGAAGCUGAGCAUAGCUUGCAAAUUGUUUGAGAUUUUCAGUGAUACUGGUGCAAACCCUGUCAGUUACACUUACAAUUCCAUCAUGAGUUCAUUUGUCAAGAAGGGCUACUUCAAUGAGGCAUGGGGUGUACUUAGUGAAAUGGGAGAAAAAGUUUGCCCCACAGAUAUAGCAACAUACAAUAUGAUAAUUCAAGGCUUGGGGAAGAUGGGCAGAGCUGAUCUGGCCAGUAGUGUUCUGGAUAAGCUAAUGAAGCAGGGUGGUUAUCUUGAUGUAGUCAUGUACAACACCUUGAUCAGUGUGCUGGGGAAGGCUAACCGGAUUGACGAAGUUAACAAGCUGUUUAAGCAGAUGAAGAGUAGUGGAAUAAAUCCCGACGUUGUCACUUUCAACACUCUCAUUGAAGUUCAUAGCAAAGCAGGUCGACUGAAAGACGCGUAUAAGUUUCUGAAGAUGAUGCUGGACUCAGGCUGCACCCCGAACCAUGUCACUGACACCACGUUGGAUUUCUUGGGGAAGGAGAUUGAGAAAUCAAGGUACCAAAAGGCAUCAUUUGUACGACAGAAGGGUGACUCCUGAAGAGUUUUCUUCUGGUCUGGUUCCAUUCUAGUCAUAAUUUGUCUGACUUUCAACUUGUCUGUUUUAUGAGAUCAUGAAGGCCAUUUCAUAUUUACAUACCCAUUAUAACAUGGAAUUUUGUUCUGUGAAUAUCUUCUUGAUGUUGUAUGUGAUUUGGAACAGUUAAAUUGAAUUGACCAUAGUGCUUCAACUUUUUGUGAUCCUGCUCCUUACUUGAAUAUCGAAGAUGAUCAGUGAAUUUUAGGACAUGGAAAUAGCUCAAGUGUCAAGCCAGGUUCUCCGAGGACAGGAAGGAAGAUGGACAGUGUCUGCCCUUCUCCGGUGGAUGCACGGACACUUGGUAACAUACCAUAAUGCAAACAUUUUGAAAGUUUUUUUUUUAACGGGUAGUUCUGCGGAUCCAUCUGUGUC